CACAUUAAUCGGUAAUGUUUACGUGCUUUUGGCCGUACAAUUUUUAUUACGGUUUAUCAUUUUGUGCCGAGUUUUAAUUUCUUGAUUACUGCCUAAAUCCACGUCAAGUUCAUCUAGAAAAUAGUGCUAGAAAACUAUUCCGACAAUGGCUUUGCAGAUAGCGAGUUCUAUAAAACCACCGAAUGAUAAGCCAGAAGCAUACUGUCGGGUCUGCUUCUCUUCUACGAAUAUAAAGCCGCUAUUAGUGGCCAUAGAACCAUUUUCACAACACAUCAGCCAGCUUUUGUGGAAACAUCUUAGCAUCCAGUUAAAAGCAGAGGAUUUCCCUUGUGCUUUGUGUUUGAUCUGUCAAGAGAAGCUAGAGGAAUUACAAAUAUGUAACGAGGAUGGACUUUUAGACGAAUGGAAAGACGAUGAUCUGAUGGAAUUCAAAAGAAUUGGCCGAGCUGUCAAUAAAGCAAUUCGAAGUCAAAGACGUGCCACUAGAAAGCGAGCGGUUUCCAAACAGAAUAAAAAGUUGGCAAACCCACCAAGCGCUAACCGCGUGGUAUUGCCAUUUCAUCAACUUGAUGAUGGACGAUACAGAUGCAAUUUAUGCCCUAUUCAUGUGUUUGAUCAUAUAUCAGCAUGCAUCAAGCAUUACCACGAAAGCCAUCCAGAUUCAACACUGAGUGAGGUGUCAUCUGGAAACAACAAUUCCGCCAUUAAAGGAAAUGAACCGAAAAAGCAGCCUUACGUAUGUGCGAUCUGUUCGGUUAGCUUCGAUCGUAUCGAUGAUCUGAUAGUGCAUAGAGAGAUGCAUAAAGCGAAUAAACGCAGGGAAGAGCAGUUCGAUCAAACGUUGGUUUCCAAUGCUAGUUCUAGCAGUGCUGCUGACAUGGGAAACACAUCGACUAAUGGCACAACGAAUCAGGUUUUCAGAUGUCUAAUCUGCUCAAUUGGGUUCUACGAUAUUGAUGCUCUAAUUCAACACAGAAACACAACCCAUGAUACCGUCAAUAGGAAAAUCCCGAAAAGGACGGAAGAAAUUGUAGCGAGUGCAGCUCCCGAGAGCGACGUCAUAACCUUCAUCGAUGACUAUAAAUGCCCUCAUUGCGAUCAGCAGUUUGCACAAUCGAAAGCAUACUACUUUCAUAUGAAUGUGGUACACGAUCUGAAUAUGUGCGACACCUGUGGUGAAUCGUUUCCAUCGGCAUCCACCUUGGUUAAGCAUCAUACAACACAUCGGUCCUUGGACUACCCGUGUGAUGUUUGUCCAACUUAUAGAUUUUACACCAAACAGGCACUAGAGCAGCAUAAGGCUCGCAAGCACCCGGUGAAUCUUUUUGAAAAUGUAGAGUUGAAUGCUGUCGUUGAUGCAGGAACCGGCGAGAGCAAAAACGAUGGUCUAUAUUCUGAAUUGCUGAUGACAUGCAGUGGAUGCUUUUUGGCCUUUCGGACGGACGAAGAGCUGAAUAGUCAUUAUGCAGAUUGUCCAGCUCGGGGAUUUUUGCAGGGUACAUCCGAUUUUAUGGUAAAUGAUGAGGAUAAAAUUGUGGAAAUAAGUGACGACGAACAAUGAGGUAAGAACAUGAUAAUGCAAA